UCUUUAUGUAUAAAGGUGACCGAAAACAUUGAAAACGUGUGGGUUAGCCAUGGCAAUGGCGGAGCUUCUCAAUCCCAAGAACACGGACGCCUUCCCUCUUGUAAUUACGCCUGGAGCUUGCAGUGGAGACUUCGGCAAUGAUCUCGCAAUUGGGAUCCAGAAGCAAAAACUGUGGCUGGAAGGUCAACUCUUUGGGAGCCCUGGCGCAAUUUUGUUCCGGGGAUUCAGCGUGUCAAAUGCGGAGGAAUUUGCUCGAGUGGUGGAAGCGUUUGGAUAUGAGAGCAUGGGUUACAGAGCUGGAGCUGCGACGAGGAAGCACCUUGUCGGGCCUGUCUACACAAACAAUGCCCUCGACUCUGAAACCGAGCUUGGAUUUCACAAUGAAAUGAGCUACCUUGCGGAUUAUCCCGACUUGGUCGUGUUUUUCUGCGAGGUUGCUCCACCGCCAAGCGCCGGCGGUGCCACCGGGAUCGUCCAAGGCAAAGCCAUAUACAAUAGGAUCAAGAAAGAGUUUCCGGAGUUCACGGAAGAUCUCGAGAACAAAGGUCUCGUUUACUACAACUUACGCAGCGAGGAAUCAUGGAAAAAAGUCUACGAGACCAACGAUAGAGCUGAGGCCGAAGCCAAAGCGCAAAUUUUAUCGAGAACGCUCCUCUGGCUCGACGAUGGAGGAGUCAAAGAGAUCCUGAGCAAAGGAACGAGGAAAGGGAUUAGAGAGCUCGACAGUGGUGUUCACGGCAACAACAAGGUGUGGUUUAACAGUAUUGGAUCGGCCAAACCGUGGUUUCCCCAGUUCCAGUAUUUCGAGUUUAGCGAUGGAAGCAAGCUGCCAGCCAAAGCAGUCGAAGCGGCUCUAAAGAUCAUGGACGAAGAACAAGUCUCAGUUGAGUGGCAAGCCGGGGACAUUGUUGUGAUGAACAAUCACUCGGUGCUCCACAAGAAACAUGCCGCUGCUCCGAACACCCCGCGAAAGAUUUUGGUGUCGAUGCUCAAAACUUCCGGGGCGCCAGUGUGAUGAGAUGCUUCGCUUGAGCUCAUUGAGCUCGAUCUCGAGAGAAAAGAUAAAUACCAGCCUUGUCUCAUUGUUGUC